CCGGCAGUGUGACAGCGCGGAGGGGUGGGGGGCCGGCCAGCCCCUCCUCCGCCAGCGGCAAAGCGAAAGCGAAAGCUGCGGGGAGGUGGCCGGGUAGGGAGUGCAGGGGCUGCGGCGAGCCCGGCUGCGAGCCGAGGGACGUGUCGCCGUGCGGGGACCCGCGGCUACUGUAAGGUUUCAAUGGAUUUAACAAGUCCCCCACUAUCUUUAAAAGAUAAUGGUUUUAAUGUGACAACCCCUGACCCAUCAAAAGAUGAGAUGGAAAGACUUAAAGAAGAACUGAAGAAAUGGAAGGAAAGAGUUGAAAAAGCUGAAAAAAAAAAAGCUCAUCUUCUUUUCUGUAAAUUAAGUGCUGAUAACGAGUAUGAUAAAGCAGAGGAGGAGCUGAGAAAGAUAAAGGACCUUCAAGAGAAGCAGCAUAAGGACAUUAUUAUGCCUAGGGACACUUUUGAGGAAGAACUCUGUCUACUAAACCAAGAAAAUGCGAUGCUUAAGAAAGAAAUUGAAAAGCUCAAAGAAGACCUUGCAGAAUGUAGUUUGGUGCCUUUGCGGGAUGGUCAGAUUAAAAAAAAGGUAGCAGAAAUGAAACUGAAGUUUACUCACAUGGAAGACAUGAAGGAUAAUUAUCAAGAUAUGAAUACUCACUGUGUUUUUCGUGUAACUACAAAAAUCCCAUUCAGACUGAAUCAAAACCAGGCACUGCUUACUUUUGAAGAUGAAGAAGUUGCCCAGCGACUAAUAAAAAUGGGUAAGCAUUCUGUGAACAUGGACAACAAAAUAACAGAUGUGAGAGUGAAGCCUUUUACACUUGAAAUGGGAAUCAAAUUUGAGCUCCAUGUCACUGUUUCUGGAAAGAAGAUUAAUGUUUCAGAAGUACCUGAGCUAUCCAUUCCUGAAGACUGGAUGAGAGACAAACUCGAGUUGAAUUUCUACAAAUCUGAGCAGGGAGGAGGAGGGGAAAUAGAAAAUGUCGACUAUGACAAGCAGUCUAGAACAGCUGUUAUUACGUUCCUCAGACCUGGAGCAACUAAUGGCUUUGUGAGAUGUACCAAACAUCCUUUCUUUGUAAAUGGAAGGUGCUAUAGGGUUUCUGUUUCCCCAAACACCGAUGUACACUUGGAAAAGUUUCAGGUCUAUUGUGGGAUUUCUAAGAAGACCAUUCUGUUGAAAGGAAUUCAAGAGACGGAAGAGGAUGAGGAAAGCGUACAGGACAUGAUUGAAAUUCAUUUUCAGAAGCCUAGUAAUAGUGGUGGGGAAAUAGAUAAAAUCAAGUAUGUAUCGAAAGGAGUAACAUGGGUUUGUUUUGAGGAGGAUACUUAGAAUGCCAUGUAGGAAAUUGUAGACUGAACUCAUGAAGAUCUGGGUUUUCACUUCAUCAGAGGCAUUGAAAUUUACAUGGACGUUGUGCUUUAACAUUCUGAAAUUUAUACUUGGAAAAAGAGGAGCUACCUGUCUUUUUGAUUGUAACAGCACAGACUUUGCAUAGAAAUUCAGUAAAACUCACUGCUUUGUGUUCCACAGGUUCCUGAUGAAAGCCAUAGAAAACGCCUUUGCCAACACUUGAAACUUAUUAAUCCAGGAUUGCUUUCUGCAAAUUACUGGGUUUUCUUUCUUGCAAAGUUUAGAUAGGUUGCGUACUCCCAAGUCGGAUAAAUCUAUUCCUUCUUGCGUUUUGGUUACAAAAGCCAUAUGUAAUCCCAAUCAAAAGCCUCUUCACUGACUUGCUGUUUUAAAGUGCCAUAGCUGCAAAAGGUAGCUCUGACAGAACUCCAGUCCUGCUGAGCCUGCUGUGUGCCACCACAACUUGCAUACCUGAAAGCAGUUAUUGUGUAGUUUCAUAAAAUACGCCUUAUCAAAUUAUUGAUAAAAUUAGAAUAGAAAAAGGGAGAGUACAAAAACAUCACAGAUUUACUCAAGGAAUUGUACCUUUUAAGAAAUGCCAUGGCAGUAAUACUGCUUUUAGCUGACAAAAUACUGUUACUUCUCUUAGGAUCUGAUGCGAAUUCUGCUGAGUUUCUGUCAAGUUAAUAGUGUGGUUAAUUGUUUGAUUUUUAUAUUUGUUUCUACAAUUAGAUUUUUCCUCACUUUUGUUCAUGAUUUUAUUUCCUUUAAAAUAUUACAGUUAAGAAUUGAGAUGAUUGUUUAAAGCAAUUGUAACAGUGCUGGGGAAACAGUCCGAUGGCGAAUGCUGUGUUUGAGGCAUCUAUUUCAGUGUGUGUGACUGGGCAGGCUCCUGGCUCUGGGAGGGUAUGGGGAGAAGAAUCAGUUGGGAAAAGGUGUAUUGAGUUCAGGGCAAAUUAAUUUUUCAGCAUGUAAAGUCCCCCUUUUGCUUCCAGUUUAUCCUUCCAGUUCUCAUUCCAAGAGAACUUUGAAAUAAAAUGGAAGUGCAAAGUCA